CAACAACCAAGAUGAAGUUCGUUCUUGCUCUCCUCGCCCUCGUGGCCGUGGCCGCCGCCCGCCCCGGCAGCGUCGUGGACCUGGACUUCGAUGACUUCCACGUUGACCAGGAUAUCACCAACCGGGUGGUGCAGGGAACCUACAGCUGGACGUCCCCCAAGGGAGACAAGUUCUUCGUCAAGUACAUCGCCGACAAUAACGGAUACCGCGUCGUCGAGUCCAACGCCGUGCCCGUCACCAACGGCGUCGCCGCCGACGGCAACCAGGGAUCCUUCGACUCCUUCGAGGAUAUCUUUGACUCCUUCGAGGAUCGUUUCGACAGGAAGUGAGCCCAUCCGGAGCCAACCGACCCACCAACAGGCGCCCACACCGGACCCUUCACGCGUCCCUCGAGCGUCCCUCUGAAAUCGCUCUGGCUCGCGGGUCGCUGUGUGGAACCUGGCGGGAGAAAGCCUGGAUUCAUAGCAUAACUUAUUUAAUUGUUUUAAUGGAAAUGACAUUUCAAUAAAUAUG